AUGGGGAUGGAGAUGGCGAUUGGGGCUGGAUCUGGGGAUAGAGCUGGAGAUGGGUCUGGAUCUGGGGAUAGAGCUGGAGAUGGGGCUGGAUCUGGGGCUGGAUCCAUGGCUGGGGUUGGAGUUGCAGUUGAAGCGAGGACUGGAGCUGGAUCUGGGGCUGGAUCUGGGGUUAGAUCUGGGGAUAGAGCUGGAUCUGGGGCUGGUUCUGGAGCUGGAUCCAUGRCUGUGGUUGGAUCUCUAACUGUAGCCAGACCUGGGGUUGGAGCUGAGGCCAGACCUGGAUCUSUGGUUGUUCCUGGGGCUGGAGCUCCUCUAUCUCCAAUACCUGAGACGAAUACUGCAGUGCAGGAGGUGUCAGAGGACGCUGUGGCAGCCAGGACUGAGGCCAGCCAGCAACCAACAAUCUCAGGGACCACAGCAGCCCAGGGGCCCCUCAGGAACUCACUGCCUGCUGUUCUGAAGACAUCCACUACUCAGAAGGGACAGAAGGAAGAGGAAAUGGCGCCCAAGGCUGAGGAGGAAGGGUCGGAGUCAUCCAGUGAAGGAGCAAGUGCCAUCGCAGCCCCCCCGACGACCAGUAGCGUUGCCGACCAGGGGGGCGGGGCCUCUGAUGUCACAGGAGCAAGGACCGCCGGCGCAGCAGCCAAUGAGGAAGAAGAGGGUGGGGAGAUCUGGCAGAGGAGGUCCAUGCAGGCGUCUGGAGGCGUGUCUCAGGAGGAGGGGGCGCGGUCUUCUGAGGCCAGCGGRCCAAUCGACUCUCCUCAGAGUGUCUCUGAGGAGGGCAGAGAGGCAGGAG